GGGCGGGGGGCGGGCGGUGGGCAGUCCCUCCCCGCCCCGCCGAGCCGUGCGGCCCUCGCCUGCCUGCCGCGCGGUGCCCGCUUGCCCCCGGCUCUGAGGGGUGUCGGCCCCGGUCCCCGCCAUGUUCUCCAGGAAGGGCCACGCCGACGCCAGGAAGUGCACGCAGAAGGCGCUGGACCCCAAGCGGGACGUGCUGACCCGCCUCAAGCACCUCCGGGCGCUGCUGGAUAUUGUGGAUGGAAGUGACCUGAAGCAGUUAUUUGAGAACAAUUAUUCUCAAUUUUUUUUUAUCUUCUAUGAAAACUUCAUAACACUGGAAAAUAGCUUGAAACAAAAAGGGAAUAAAUCACAAAGGGAGGAGCUGGACUCCAUUCUCUUUCUUUUUGAAAAAAUAUUGCAGCUACUACCUGAGAGGAUUUUUUAUCGAUGGCAUUUUCGCAGUAUAGGGUCAAUUUUGAAGAAACUUUUGCACACUGGAAACUCCCUCAAGAUAAGAUGUGAAGGAAUCCGUCUGUUUCUUCUCUGGCUUCAAGCACUUCAGACUAACUGUGCAGAAGAGCAGAUAUUAAUAUUUGCAUGCCUUGUGCCUGGUUUUCCACCAAUUAUGUCCUCACGAGGUCCCUGUACGCUAGAUAACCUCAUUAGUCCUCCUAAUUCACCAGAUGCUAAGAUUUUUCCAGAAGAAAUUACCCCACUUUUGCCAGCUGUUUCUGGAGAGAAAAUUGCAGAUGACCAAACCUGCUUUUUUCUUCAGCUACUGUUAAAAUAUAUGGUAAUUCAGGCUGCAAGUUUGGAGUGGAAAAAUAAGGAGAACCAAGACACUGGGUUUAAGUUUCUCUUUACCUUGUUUAGAAAAUACUACCUUCCGCACUUGUUUCCAUCUUUUACAAAGCUAACUAACCUCUACAAACCUGUUCUAGAUAUUCCUGAUAUAAGACCAAGACCAGUUUACAUUACUGCAACACGAAACAAUGAAAAUGUCUAUAGCACAAAAAUUCCAUAUAUGGCAGCUCGAGUUGUUUUUAUUAAGUGGCUUGUUACCUUCUUUCUUGAAAAGAAAUAUUUAACUGCUGUUCAGAAUACAAAAAAUGGAGGAGAAAUGCUCCCUAAAAUUAUUCAGACUGUUGGUGUUGUAAACCAAGAUAAAAACCCAGAGCUGGAAACUGGCAUGUCUUAUGCAGGCGAGCAGGAGAGGAGCCAUUCGAACAGCAGCACCUUGUCUGACCGACGGCUCAGUAAUUCCAGCCUCUGCAGCAUCGAAGAGCAGCAUCGAACUGUUUAUGAGAUGGUGCAGAGAAUCCUCUUGUCCACACGAGGAUAUGUUAACUUUGUUAAUGAGGUGUUUCGACAGGCUUUUUUGUUGCCUUCUUCUGAUAUAUCUGCAACGCAAAAAGUGGUUAAGGUCUAUAGAAAGUGGAUAUUGCAAGAGAAGCCUGUGUUCAUGGAGGAGCCAGACAAAAAGGAAAACAGUGAGGAUGCUGUUGUCAGCUUAGAGGAUUCAUCAGUGCAAACGGAUGGUAAACAUCUUUCCUCUGACCACUCAGGACAUAAGCGCUCAUCCAGCUGGGGAAGAACGUUCUCCUUUACCAGUGCUGUUAACAGAGGAUGUGUAUUAGAAGAUGAGGACAAAAAUGUUAAAGCUGGUGCUCAAGCUGCAUUACAGGUGUUCUUGACAAACUCUGCAAAUGUUUUCUUAUUGGAACCAUGCAUUGAAGUCCCUGUGCUUCUGAAGGAGCAAGUUGAUGCUUGCAAGGCAGUUCUGAGCAUUUUUAGGCGCAUGAUAAUGGAACUAUCAAUGAAUAAAAAGACAUGGGAACAGAUGUUACAGAUACUCCUCAGAAUAACAGAAGCUGUGAUGCAGAAGCCAAAAGAAAACCAUAUGAAGGAUACGUUUGCUCAGAGCAUGUCAGGGUUACUUUUUCGAACCCUCAUUGUGGCUUGGAUCAGAGCAAACCUGAGCGUUUACAUUUCUCGGGAGCUGUGGGAUGAACUGCUCAGUGUCCUGUCUGCCCUGACUGACUGGGAGGAGCUCAUAAACGAGUGGGCCAAUAUCAUGGACUCUCUAACAGCAGUGCUGGCAAGAACUGUGUAUGGGGUAGAAAUGACAAAUUUACCCUUGGAUAAGCUCAGUGAACAAAAAGAAAAAAAGCAGAGAGGAAAGGGUGGCAUUUUAGAGCCUCAAAAGGCAGCUGUAGUGGGAAGAUCUUUUUCAUUAAGCUGGAAAAGUCAUCCAGAAGUUGUGGAGCCAAUGAGAUUCAGAAGUGCUACCACCUCUGGAGCCCCAGGAGUUGAGAAAGCAAGAAAUAUUGUUCGUCAGAGAGCAACAGCUAAGCGAAGCCAGUCUAUCAGCAACUGUGUUCAUCUUUAUGAGGCUUUGCCAGCUACUAAAAGUGUACCUCUUCUGCUUCACACUGUGAGCUCUCUCUUACCUGGUAUCUCUUACACUUCUUGCUCUCACAGACUGUCAGAAGUUGAAGAAUCCCAGCAGUCGGAAAUUUCAGCAGGAACAGAAGCUACAGGCCUAUUUGUAGACCAAGAGCAGCAGCUAACUCGAAGUAGCAGCACUUCAGAUAUUGCAGAUCAGUUUCCAUCUGAUUUUUUUCAAGGUAAGAAGGCUGGAAGUUCUCAUAAUUUAUCUUCUUCAGAUUCCAAAUCAGUUCAGGAAAAUAAGGAAUAUAUGAAGAAGGAACAUGAAGCUGAGCAUGUACUAGUACAAAGGAGCAGUAGUACAGCUGAAUUAGAUUUGAAAGCAGACUUGCAACAAACACAUGGAAACCAUAGGGAGAGAGAAAAAAGUGAAAGUGUUAGCAGUGACACAUCCAUUGGGUAUAAUAAUGAAGUAGAGAUUGCACUCAUCCCCUGGCAAGCUUCUGAAGAAGACCGUGAAGUUAAUGCAUCAACAGAUGUUUGUGUGGAUACUGAUGCACCUCACUGGCUUCAGCUUAGUCCUUCAGAUAAUGCAAAUUUAACAGACAGCAGUGAGUAUCUUGCUGAUGACUGCAGUAUAAUUGCCGGUGGAAGCCUCAUCGGUUGGCAUCCUGAUUCUGCUGCUGUGCUAUGGAGGAGGAUCUUGGGAAUUCUUGGAGAUGUGAACAAUAUACAGUCACCUAAAAUUCAUGCAAAAGUUUUUGGGUAUCUCUAUGAGCUGUGGUAUAAACUUGUAAAGAUAAGGGACAACCUUGCUAUAAGUACGGAUAAUCAGUCGACUCCCUCUCCUCCUGUCUUAAUUCCUCCUCUCAGAAUAUUUGCAUCAUGGUUAUUCAAGGCAACCACCCUGCCAAAUGAAUAUAAAGAAGGCAAACUUCAGGCAUACAGGCUGAUCUGUGCUAUGAUGACUAGGCGUCAAGAUGUUCUGCCAAAUUCUGAUUUCCUAGUUCAUUUUUAUUUUGUGAUGCACCUUGGCUUAACAAGUGAAGACCAGGAUAUCUUGAAUGCUGUCAUAAAGCAUUGCCCACCUUGGUUUUUCUUCCUGGGCCUACCUGGCUUUACAAUGCUGAUAGGAGACUUCAUUACAGCGGCAGCCAGAGUGCUGAGUGCAGACAUGCUGGAGGCUCCCCGUUCAGAAGCUCAUACCAUCCUUGGUUCUCUUGUUUGCUUUCCAAAUAUCUACCAAGAAAUCCCACUCUUGCGGCCCAUUUCAGAAGCUGGUGAGAUCAUCGCGGGAAGUGCAGAUGUAAAGUGUUACCUCAUAAAUAUUUUAUUGAAGAAUGCUACAGAGGAGCCAAGUGAAGCUGCAAGAUGCAUAGCCAUUUGUGGCCUUGGAGUUUGGAUAUGUGAAGAACUAACGCAGUGUACAAAUCACCCCCAAGUGAAGGAAGCAAUCAAUGUCAUAGGUGUGACACUAAAGUUUUCUAAUAAAUUGGUAGCUCAGGUAGCCUGUGAUGUUCUUCAACUGCUAGUUUCUUACUGGCAAAAGCUGCAGAAGUACGAAUCCUCUCUGUCCAGAAAAAUUACUGAAAUCCUUGUGGCCACUAUUGCAUUUCUUCUGCCAAGUGCUGAGUAUUCCGCUGUGGAAGCAGAUAAAAAGUUUAUAGUUUCACUGCUACUUUGCUUGUUGGAUUGGUGCAUGGCAUUACCCAUGAAAAUGCUUCUGGAGCCAGUGUCUGCUGGUGUCCUUGAAGAUCAACAUGCAUCCAAAGCUCCUUUACUCGACUACAUUUAUAGAGUUUUGCACUGCUGUGUGAAUGGCUCGAGUACGUAUACUCAACAAAGCCAUUACGUGCUGAGUCUUGCGGAUCUCUCGUCUAGUGACUAUGACCCUUUCUUGCCACUCGGAAAUGUCACAAGCUCUGAGCCAGCCCAGUGCCACUCUGUCACAGAUUUGGGCAACCUGCUCACUGUUGCUGAGGAAAAAAGAAGAAGGAACUUAGAAUUAAUACCUUUGACGGCACGGAUGGUUAUGACUCAUCUGGUGAACCACUUGAGCCACUACCCACUCAGCGGAGGUCCUGCCAUCCUCCACAGUCUCCUUAGUGAGAAUCACGACAACUCCUAUGUGGAGUCCUCUGAGCUGUCAUCAGAAGUUUUCCGGAGCCCCAACUUGCAGCUCUUUGUGUUUAAUGACAGUACUCUUAUAUCAUACCUCCAGAUCCCUGCAGAAAAGAAGAAGGACACUGAGCCAGCAGUGGCCCCCUCAGAUGUGAGGGUAAUUGUCAGAGAUAUCUCAGGGAAGUACUCUUGGGAUGGCAGAAUAUUAUAUGGACCUUUGGAGGGCUGCCUUCCACGGCAGAGUACUCCGAGCUCAUUUGUGAUUUCAGGCAACCCUGAGCACCAGUUCAGUUCCCAGAAAGACAUUUCUCAGGUGGAAGAAGGAGAAGAUGCUCUCGACAAGUUGCUGGAGAAGAUUGGUAACACUAGUCCUGAAUGCCUUUUACAUCCCCAGCGGAAGCUGAAUGAGCCGUCGCCACCACCCUUUGGUAUGAGCUACGAACAAGAGAAUGAAAUCACCGAAGCCCUGAUGAGGCAGAGUGCCCAGGAAAAAGACUAUAUUUUUAAAUGCAGCUCAGGCUUCAGUAUGAAGGUGGCCCGUCAAGAAGAACCACGUCCUACUGAACCUCAAGCGUCCUUUUAUUUCUGUCGGCUGUUGCUAAAUGAUUUGGGAAUGAACUCCUGGGAUAGAAGGAAAAGCUUUCAUCUUCUUAAGAAAAAUUCAAAAUUACUGAGAGAACUGAAAAAUCUGGAUUCUCGCCAAUGCCGUGAAACUCACAAGAUUGCAGUGUUUUACAUUGCAGAAGGACAGGAGGACAAAUGCUCAAUACUGUCCAAUGCAAGGGGAAGCCAGGCAUAUGAAGAUUUUGUUGCUGGACUGGGUUGGGAGGUUGAUCUCUCAACACAUGGUGGAUUUAUGGGCGGCCUGCAGCGCAACGGCAGCACUGGACAAACAGCACCCUAUUAUGCUACCUCUACCGUGGAAAUCAUUUUUCAUGUGUCUACAAGAAUGCCAUCAGAUUCAGAUGAUUCACUGACCAAAAAGCUUCGUCACUUGGGAAAUGAUGAGGUUCACAUCGUCUGGUCUGAACACACGAGGAACUACCGCAGGGGCAUUAUACCAACAGAUUUUGGAGAUGUUUUAAUUGUUAUUUAUCCAAUGAAGAAUCACAUGUUUUUCAUAGAGAUAAUGAAGAAACCAGAGGUGCCAUUUUUUGGUCCUCUCUUUGAUGGAGCCAUUGUGACUGCAAAGCUUCUGCCAAGCCUUAUAUGUGCCACGUGCAUCAAUGCCAGCAGAGCUGUCAAGUCACUCAUCCCGCUCUACCAGAGCUUCUACGAGGAAAGAGCUCUGUACCUUGAAGCAAUAAUCCAGAACCAUAAAGAAGUAAUGACGUUUGAGGAUUUUGCUGCUCAGGUCUUUUCUCCCUCUCCCAGCUACUCCCUCGGUGGAACUGGCUGCCUCACCACAAGUGCAAGCACCGACCUUACUGUCACCGUAGGAAUAGAGCUAACGGACCCGACUUCACCGACGCUGCCGCAUGCCACCAGGAGCAAAGUCUCUGGGAAGCUUCGCCGCUCCGCCAGCGCUCUCAGCAAGUCUUCCAACUGAAGGGCUGGGGGGGUGCACCCCCUUCAAGGAACCCUAAAGACCUCAACAUGUAUUGAGCCACAUACUUUGCCAACAGAACUUGAAAUUUGGGAUGAGCACGUGCUGAAGGGGAUGGAUGAGGGGUUUGCUCUGUAAAAUUAUCAUUGUAUGUAUUCACGCAGCCAUCCUCAAUGAUCAAACAUCACCUGGGCUAUCACCAUGCACUCUCUUGACUGUUUCUGUUGCAAGGAGCAUGGCGGUGCUGGGGAGCCCUCCUGGCAGCAUGUGCCUCUCCUCCCUCAGCACCUGUGUGCAAGGCAGCUGACGCAGCAAGAGGACACAAACCAGUGCUGAAACCAAUUACCUAAUGUAAUUUCAGAAAAUUGAUUGUAGUCAUUCCGUCCAACACGUAAUUGUGUAUUAGGGAAUUUUGUCAAAGUAGAAAAGAGUUUUCUAAUAACUAGACAUGUUACAAAUAUCCUCCUCCUCUGAAGUGUGGGUGAGUGAUUGAGGUGCUUUUCAGUAUCUAUUCAACCUCUGCUCCCAUUCUGUUUUCAGUAGUCAUCCAAUGUACUUUUUGUGCAUGUAGCUAAGAAUUAGUAAUAAUCAGAGAAGCCAUUGAUCUGAAAUUCAGGAGGGUGCUGCCAAUUUCAUCAAAUGGCAGCACCUGCACUGAAAUCGGUCUGCUUAAUCAUGCUAUCUUAUUCAAGGUCAUCCAUCACUACCUAUUGUUCAAAAUACUGAAGCUGAGGAUGCUCCAGCCUGCAUUCGCCUGUGCUCGGUGCACUCAAUACCGCAGCAAGCCAGGUUUCUCAGCUCCUCUCCAACGUGCUCAGCACGUGGCGGCCUGCGGCAAAGGGAGGGCUGGGGGUGGCAGCACCCUGUGCCAGGCAUCAGCCACCAGUCAGCAGCUAUGGCACCAGCUUAGUGCAAACAUUUCACAUCUUUGGACAUGUUUUAGCCAAAAGACCUCUUUCUCAGCGCUAGCUUUAGCUUCAGGAUUGUUUAGUCCUUUCCACUAAUGUUUGUGAUGGCUGCAUGAUGUGAACUGCUCACUAUGCGUGGAAAACAAAAAUAGCCACAUUUCUUUUUGAAGAGCAAAUGAUGCACAUCUGCUAUGACUACUCACCAGGGCUUGAGUAAUUGUGAGACAGUAUCCUUCUGAGGUAACCACUUCACCUUUUCACUUGGGGCAAUAAUCUGCAAAUUGAAACAUCUCUACUUAGUUAGAAUAAAAUAAAUAUGAAGGCUUUCAAGGACAUGUAGUGUCCUGUUGGCACUUCGUGUAGUAAGCAAAUCUUUUAUUUUGAAUAGGAAAUGUAUUUCGUACUACAUGUAACAUACGUUUCCAGGUGUGAAAACUUUUUAUACCUUAAGAAAACGUAUUAUAAAAACAACGGCAACCCAGGAGAUGUACUGCAUGAACACAAACAGGCAGCAUGAGGAAGACAUCCAGACCACAGGCAGGAAUGGGCUGAUACUCCACCAGCGAGACCCAACAGGGCACAGUACCAUGAGCCCCAGAGCCCCCCACGGGGUGGCCAUGGUGGGGCAGGCACCACGCAGCCCAGAGCUCCCAGCCACUCUUCAUAUGGGGAUGGAGGGGGCAGGCGGCAGUAAAGCAGGUAAUCUAUGUUACCUUUGGUUUUUGGGUGUUCUGAACAUCGAUAUCUCUGUCCAUUAUGACAGAGAUACCUCUGGCCUUCCUGUUCCUCCUCAGGUGUGGUUCUUGUUGCUUUUUGUUCAAUUCUUGGUUAUUAUGCUACUCAGCAUUUAAAUGCACAUCUCUGAACUUAAUGUGAUUUGUCUGAAGUGAAGGGGACUGACUUGUAAGUGAAGCAAAAUGCACAAUUGGGCCACCAUUUUUUGCACUUCCACUUACGUGUUGAGUGUCUGUCUGUUUUUGUGUUGCCAUCUCUGCAGUUCUUCCCUGUAAAUGUGGAACACUGUGUUACAAAUACAGUACCACCGAGCUCAUGGGACAUUUUGCUGUUAGCUUUGUGAAGCAGCUUGCUGGUGGCACAUUCCCAUGGUGUGCCUUUGGCUGGGCACUCUCACCAUCCAGGGCGGGAGCUGAGGCACACAGCAAGCGGGUGUGGGGCACAGUUGGCAUGCCUGGGAUCAGGGUGAGCGCAGAAAUCCUGCUGGGAAGGAGCCCGCUGGCCAAGCGUUUGACUGACAUUUUGAUUUUCUGCCUCACAUUUGAGUUUUGAUUUCUACUGAUUGUGUGGGAGUAAAUUGGAAAAUAAAACUUUUUUUUUUUUUCAUGAUGGAAUAUGCGAUGCUGUCUUGUUCUUAGUUAGCUAAUAAAUGGUCUGAAAUCAUUUCAAAGGUAUUCUGAAUAAAGUGAGACUUUUCUCUUUAGAGCAAUACACAUCUCUAUUUCAGAGAAGAAUUAAAACACCAGUAAAAAGUUUUCCUGAUGUCAAAAAAAA